AUGGAUGAAUCAAUAUCUGAUAAUGAUUGUGAGUUCAUAAAUGCAAAUCCUGACUAUGACACAACAUCAACUCUUGAUGAUGAAGAAACCAUUGAAUCAAACUAUACGCCGCAAAAUGUGAAAGAUUCUGGCUACUCGGAUAUCGGUGAUCCAAUUAUUGAAUGCAUACAUUGUGGAGCACUGAUGUGGUAUCAAGAGAAGACAGAAAAACGAAAACAUAGUGAUGUACCCAAAUUCCAAUUAUGUUGUGGAAAUGGUAAAGUUGUGCUACCACUUUUGAAUGAACCGCCACCGUUACUAAAGCAUCUAUUGUUUGAUGAUAAUGAUACAGACUGUAUAAACUAUCAGCAGUAUUGCAGAUUGUACAACAUUAUGUUUGCCUUUUCGUCACCCGGAAUGAAGUUUGACAAUAGAUACCAAUCGGCAGGAGGACCGCCUAACAUUAGGAUACAUGGACAGACUUGCCAUAGAAUUGGGAGCAUGCUCGCUUUGGAUGGAGAAACACCAAAAUUUGCACAGCUUUAUAUUUAUGACACUGAGAAUGAGAUUCAUCAUAGAAUGAAAGGAAUAGGUCAUAAUCCUAAUGUGAAUCCAGAAACGGUUAGAAAAUUGAAACUUAUGUUGGAUGAGUUCAACACACAUGCUAAAAUAUUUAGGAUGGCAGCAGAUCGACUAAAAGAUUCUCAUGUACCUGAUCUAAAACUGAAAUUAAUUGUCGAUCGAUCCAAGGACGGAAGAGUUUAUAAUCAACCGACAGUUUCUGAAGUUGCCGCACUUAUCGUUUGUGAUGUUGAUACAGGUUCUAAGAGACAUAUUAUACUUGAGAGACAAAGUGGGAAGCUGAAAAGGAUAAGUGAGUUUCAUCCAAGUUAUCUUGCUUUACAAUAUCCACUUUUGUUUCCAUAUGGCGAAGAUGGUUUUAGAAUUGGUAUUCUACACAGGGAAACAAAAGCAAAGAAAAAGAAGAAUAAACUUACUAUCAGAGAAUGGCUUACGUUUCGGAUUCAAACCAGACCAACCGAAGCACACACACUUUUGAUGUCUAGGAGGCUUUUUCAGCAAUUUUUGGUUGAUGGUUUCACCAUGAUGGAGUCUCAAAGGUUGAAUUACAUACGCAAGCAUUAG